CUAAUUAACAGCUGAGUUGCCUUUUAAAAUACUAAGACGUAGCUUAUUAUAUAAUGCUUGGUAGCUUAAAAAAGAAAAUAAGUAAUGCAAUCCAGGAGGGUAUUGUCAUUUCAGAGAGCCUACAGGAACAGUAUCGCCAACGUGUCGGGAGCGGCCCCCGGCCAAGUGAGGCGACACCAAAAGCAACUGACCUCGAUUCGUCGCACUUGAGCUUGAACGGAAGCAUUUUCUCCAGUCGUAGCAGCGUCUAUUUAUCAGACGUUGUACCCACAAAGCUCAACAUGGCCGCGGGUUGCAACUUGCUAUCAAAAUAUGAGGACAGCUGGCAGCAAAUCCACGCAGCCAACGAACAGAAUGCUGAAAAUGCUGAAACUGUGGCGUUUCAAAUUACGGCCGUGUUGCGGAGUGCUAACGAGAAGCGCGCAACAAUAAAUGAACUAAAUAGUUGUCUCUCGGCUCUACCAGAAUUAGUGGUCAAAUUAAAGGAGUGUACAGAAGUAAUUAGAGCUAUGGAGAAAUUGGGCCUGGAGCUGGAACAAGACCUUGAAAAGUUAGAGAAUCUAUGCGAGGAAUGCGAGCUACAGGAAUUCGUACUUGCACAGCAGUUUGAGCUAUCCAAACACAAGCAAAAGAAACUGAUUGACCUGGAGCAGUACAGACAGAAGAUUGCUGAUAAGCAUCAGGAAAAGAUUCAAACACAUGAACAACAUUUAAGACAACUUCAAAAGGAACGUCAAGAUGUUUUCGAUGAUGCAUUUCGCGGUGAUUUAGAAGAGUACAAACAAAGUGGACAGCUUCCAAAAAUAGAAACGAAAGCAACGAAAUUGUGUUUAGAAGACGUUGUUCUUGAAGAGAAGGACUUCGAAACAUCAGAUGCCUUGGAGCAUUUUCUUAAUGGUUAAUAUUCGAUCAAUGCCAUUUGUGCCUCUUGUACACUUCAACAGAGAUUUUAGUACUAAAC